UUUUGCUAUCCAUAUCUGUGAUUUUGCUACAGUGCAGCUUCCUUGCGGCUUUUUUUUAACUAACAAAAUCUAUAAAAAUGCCGCAUUUGAGAAUUGAAACUAACGUUCCUAAAAACAGUAUCUCUCAGGACUUUUUAUCAAAGGCAACGAAAGUUAUUGCUAAGACUCUUGGAAAACCUGAACAGUACUGCGCUGUAUCUGUAAUACCAGACUUACCCAUGAGCUUCAGUGGGACAACAGAACCUUGUGCCAUCGCAACCCUGAUGUCGAUUGGAGCACUUGGAGUGGAAGAGAACAAAAAACAUGCUAAAGUUUUGUAUGAGCUUGUGCAAAAAGAAUUAGGAGUGCCAACUGAUAGGAUGUACAUUACAUUCCAAAAUGAGCAGACCAGUAAUGUUGGAUUCAAGGGAACUACUUUCCAUGACAUAUUUGGUUGAAAUGUUUUAUUUUCUUUAUUAAGCUAAGUCAAAUCAUAUAAUUAUUAAGUUGUUAUGUACCUAUUUAUAUGCAUAAAUAAGAAUAUAAAAUAUAUGACUAUGAACAAAGUCAUGAGGGGUUAAAAAGGAAAUCAAUGUUUAUGUGUAAACAUUUUUAUUUGAAAUAUUAUAAUAUUGUAUAAAUAAAGGAUUAUGUGCAACAACAA